AUGUUAAAAGAAGAAAUAGGGUUGAUGAUUGAAAACGGAAAAACUUGGGUAGGUAGUGCACGUGAGGAUGAUGAUCGCUUUAAAAUAGAUUCGUUUAUGUUCGAAAAGAAAAAUAUCAAGACUGAGACUGGUAUCGAGAGUGUUGCUGUGGAUAUUGACAUUGAUAUUGGCAGUGAUUUUGAGUGGGUAUCUUCGAUGCGAUUCAGUGACAAUUACACGAAUUCAUUGACGGGAAUGCUGACGGCAAGUGUUGAGGCGAGUUUUAAUCAGUCGACCACGGAGAGAAGAGACGCGCUUUAUGUCGUUAUACCGGUAACCAUUAUUUAUGCAAUUAUUUUCUUAACCGGUCUGGUGGGCAAUGUCUCGACAUGUGUUGUUAUUGCGCGAAACCGCUCGAUGCAUACGGCCACUAAUUACUAUUUAUUCAGCCUCGCGAUUUCCGAUUUGCUGCUACUUGUUUCGGGAUUACCGCCGGAGAUGUAUUAUAUCUGGUCCCACUUUCCGUAUAUCUUUGGAGAGUCUUUUUGUAUGAUCCAGAGCUUCGCUGCUGAAACAUCUGCUAAUGCAACUGUACUUACAAUUACGGCAUUUACUGUUGAGAGAUACGUAGCAAUUUGUCAUCCUUUCCUGUCGCACACAAUGUCCAAACUUUCACGGGCUGUCAAAUACGUGGUCGCGAUUUGGCUUCUUGCCCUGUGUUUGGCCAUACCGCAGGCCAUUCAAUUUGGGGUGGUUUAUUCACAAGAGAUGAAUGGGACAAUGAUAAUGGAUACGGCAAUGUGUUCCGUCAAGUGGGUAAUAAUUGAACACGCUUUUGAAAUAUCAACUAUUUUAUUGUUCGUCGGGCCGAUGACUAUAAUCACCGUCCUAUACAUACUCAUUGGCAUCAAGUUGAGACAUUCCAGAGUGCUUACCACUAUCAAGAGAAAUCCUUUUCCCGGCUGUCUUAAUCACGGCGAUAGUGGCAGAUCACGAGGCCUAGCUCAGCGUAAUGUCAUAAGGAUGCUUGUUGCUGUUGUGGUCGCAUUUUUCAUCUGCUGGGCACCGUUCCACGCGCAAAGAUUGCUAGCAGUUUAUGCCCAAAGUACCGGGAAUGAACCUCACGCUGCCUUAGUUACUGUCUAUACAGUAUUGACAUAUAUAUCAGGAAUAUUUUACUACCUCUCGACGACUGUUAACCCGCUGUUGUACAACAUAAUGUCCAAUAAAUUCCGCGAGGCAUUCAAGACCAUGCUGGCGGAUCAUUGCCGUGCUGGAAGAUCAUUACAAAAUCGCAGCCUCCAGUUACGAGCCUAUAGCAGUCUUUCAAGACAUCAAAAGUCAACAUUAAGAAGACGUGAACCCCAUUCAUCCUCAUCCGCAAGCGAUGAUACCCAUCAACUAGCUCCGCUGACACGACACAAUAAUCAGGGGCAAAUAAUGAUGGAGCACUGUAUUGAUAAUAUUAGUCCGUCAAAUAAUUCUGCGGGCAAAUCGAGGUCACGGCCAGGAGAAAUAACUUUAGUUACGUCUCUGGCAAAAGGUUUCAACGACAGCUGUAAUAAUAAUGGAGGGAUUUCUCAUGCUAUCAAUAGAUGUUUCAGCAAGGACGAAAAAGCUAUUAAACCGGUGACAAUUGGUAUUUUUCCUGACGGUAAAAAAGCCGAAGCUAAUGGUCUAUUUCUUCAGUGUAAUAAUGAAGAGAUUAAGCAAAAGUUUACGGUAGAAAACGAACUCGUAUCGUCGAGUCAUCAGGGCAAUAAAAUUCAAAGUCAUACGAGCAUUGAUAGUUCGAGUACUUUAAGUAAUUCAAGUCUUAAAGAUCUGGAUAAAACGGAAUUCACGGGGAGUGAGCUUGCAAGGUAUAUGGGCGUAUUGAAUUUUGAUCCUGUUACUUGA